AUGUUCUUCUCCAAACUAGGACUUCUGGUCCUCAGCGGUGUAUCUGCUGUUCUCGGUGCCAACUACUCGAACCCACUAGAGCCAAAGGACGGUGGUGAUCCUUCUAUUGUAUGGCACGAGGGGUACUGGUACUUUACCGCAACCAAUUAUCGAGACAUCAGUGUUCGACGCGCAACAACUCUCGCGGGUCUCAAGACUGCUUUGCCAAAGACAGUAUGGGCACCUAGCGCCGAGUACCCAUCACGCCAAUGCAACAUCUGGGCGCCUGAGCUACAUAUCGUGGACGGACAAUGGCACAUCUACUUCUCAGCCGGCGGCUGCGACGACAACGCCAUCCAACAAUCCCAAGUCCUCCGCGGCGGAAAAUCUCCCUGGGACACAUUCGAUUUCUACGGCACCAUCAACGCCCCGGCCUGGUCAAUCGACGGAACACCUCUAACUAUCAACAACCAAAACUACUUCGUCUACUCCUGCUUUCGCAACGACACCGGCGAAAACUUGCAAUCCCUUUGCAUCGCCAAAAACUCCGAUAUCCUCACUAUUGGAGAAGAACAUCUCCUUGCCUCACCCACAGAGGCUUGGGAACGCAAUGGACAGAUGCCGGUUAACGAAGGUCCGUUUGCUCUGUAUAGCAAAAACCGCACUUUUCUGUCUUACUCGGGGUCUUUCUGUUGGGAUCCCUCAUACUCACUCGGCCUCCUUGAAUACAUCGGUGGUGAUCCACUCGAACAAAGCAGUUGGGUCAAGACUGGACCUCACUUUAGCCAAGCAAAUGGCAUGUACAGUACUGGCCACAAUAGCUUCUUUACUAGCCCUGAUGGCACGGAAACUUGGAUGGCAUAUCAUUCUUCUCCUAAUCCUGCUGGCAGCUGUGGAGAUAGAUAUGCCAAUGCAAAGAAGAUUGAUUUCGAGGCUGAUGGUUUUCCUAUCCUUGGUGAGCCGAUUGCCGAAGGAGCAGUCUUGCCUGGUCCUGCCGGAGAGCCACAAGCUUGA